AUGCACAUCUUGUUCGAUGUCUACUUUGAAAAUAUCAGCGAGAUAUCUUGUCAUUAUAGUGACCAACUUGCCGAAAUUGGGCUCUUGAAUGUCCAGAUCUUGCCUGGAUCUCCGACUCAAGAUGGUGCUGACGCAAUACUGUCCUUCUUUGUUGAACUUCCUAGUGGAACCAUACCUUCGAAUCUCCUAACAACAAUUUUCACGACUUCACCAAAUAUUGUACCGCAACAAACUUCUGUUGUUAAUUUAACAUUGAGUCAGAAUCCUGACCUUACGAAUGCUGAAACAGAAAAUCUUAUUCCAUUGACGAUAACUACAUAUACAAUCCAGGUAUGUCCCGAUAAUAACUGGUAUGUCCCGAUAAUGUCUAAAAGAAUUUCGAAAUUAAAUAUGAUAAUCGAAAUUAUGAUUUAUAUAUUCCCCUUAUUAUCUCUGUCCCAUUAAACACUGGUUUAAAAUAUAGUACAAUAAAAUCUAAAUUUAAUGGCCAUUUCAAUUAUUUAAACAAGAGUAGCAAGAAAAAAGGCGAAUCAAAUUGGUACUACGCCUACCUUUCGAUAUUUUAACAUAUUUUUAGUGAAAUAGUCAACGAUGCAGGGGUGUAAAGGGCAAAUGUUCAAAACUUUGUUGGGCAAAAAUACAUUCAAAUCAUGAACAAGCUAGAUGUCCAGUUUUGAGCAAUUUUAAAAAAGUUGCUAUUCGAAUAUAAUUUUGUCGUUUACUGACAAUCAGAAUUCGGAAAAAUCUUCGCCCAAAGUGAAUGAAAUCGCCAUUCAGAAACUCUAAAUUUCACAAUUUUCUGGAAGAACAUGUCCAUGCACAUACCCCGUAGGGAUCUCGCGUGCUUUUGGCACUCAAUACUUUGGCCUACACAUCAUCGUCCGCGUGGCUAAAGGGACCAGCAGGUUCACUGCAUGCAUGAAAAGCGGAACAUAACAUGUACAUGGGCUUGGUCGAAGACGAGGCUAUCCUUGCGGACCAUGAUACUACUUUUUUUAGUAUAUUUUAUAAACUUCAGUAUACCCAGGACUCGUUUGUUUCUUUAGUUGCAAUAGUUUUUAUUAAUAUGCAAUUGCAAUAUGUUCCUCUAAAUAUAUUACUUUUUUCUUACGAAAUUUAAUGUUUGUAUUAAGUUAACGUGAAACUAAUAUAACAGUAGAGUUGAUGUUCACGGGCAUAAAUAUGUUUUUGCCUGUCUCCGACUCAUUUUAACCAGAGCGUAGCGAGGGUGAAAAUGAGGUCUGAUGAGGACCAAAAAUAUAUUUAUGCCCGCGAAUAUCGUGCAACUGUAUUACUAUUGUGAUAACUUUAGAGGGCGAUUACAUUAUAUAAAAGAUUAAAAAAAUGGCAAAUGGUAUAAUGAGUACAAUGCCGCCUUGUUGCAUGCAUGGUUUAAUAAUUCACUGUAAUAAACUAGAGUCUCAGCUUAUCUACGGAAAAAAGAAUUGAACCGUUCUCAGAAGACAAAACGAUAAAUGAAAAUAGUUAAUACAAUUUAUUGAUGAAGUGAUAGUUGAGUAUAAAAAAAAGCUAGUUUCGCUAUAGUUAAUUAGACAAGUGAACUAUACGAUAAACUUACAUUCACUUCGUCACCGCCUUGUAUAGUUUCUGCCACAACAUCAGUAAUUCUUGUUUUUAGUUGCUUUUUGAUGUGGAUCUUCUUAUAUUGUGAUAAAAUUUAUUUUAUUCCGCUAAAUUGUUCAUUUUAGCCCGCAAAAUAAAGCACUAUGCCCGCUAAAGUUGUUAUAAUAAAUUAAUUAACUAAUAGUCAAGAAUAAUUUAUGAAUUCGUCAUAUUGCUGCUGGCAACAAUGCACAUGCAGCUGAUUGUUUUACAGUUUUGCAUCCACGUCAUUUAAUAUGUAUGGGAAUAUUUGAAAUCGUAUUUUGGUUUGUUCUAUAGGAUAUAAGGUCGGAUGUUCAGGUUUCAAUUGCGAAACGACUGAAUGAAUACUGCCAAAAUAAUUCAGAUGUCCAACUAUGUUCGACAACAAGGUAGGCUAUAUAACUAUCUGUUACUUUAAGAUAUAAAUCAUGUUGAUUCGAGAAAGUACUACUAGUUAACAUGCACCGAAUUAGGAU